AUGGGUGCAUUCUUCGAAACCAUACCCGACUCCCUCAUCAAAUGGAUACUAGCUCAGAAGGUCUUCUGGGUGUCGACGGCGCCGCUGUCAGCCAACGGCCACGUUAACGUCUCACCCAAGGGCGGCGAGGGCGGCCAGUUCUUCGGCAUCCCAGACACGAGAACCUUCUGGUACCAGGACCUCACAGGAUCUGGCAAUGAGACAAUAUCUCAUCUCGUCGAGCCCAGCAACGGUCGCAUCACCGUCCUCUUCAACGCAUUCCAAGGCCCGGCUCGCAUCAUGAGGCUCUGGGGCAAAGGCCGCGUCUUGGAGAACGGGACGCAGGAGUUCGCAGACAUGGUGGAGAGGGAAAACAUCACAUGCAUUCCUGGCACGAGGUCCAUCAUCGUUGUGGACAUCCAUCAGGUCGGCACUUCGUGCGGCUUCUCGGUGCCGUUCUACGACUUCAAGGAGUACCGGACGACGCUGAACGAGUUCUUCGAGAAGAAGGAGAAGAAGUUCUUGGAGGGGAACGAAAAGGAGAGCAUGGACCGCUACUGGGCGCUCAAGAACGCGUGGAGUAUGGACGGGCUUCCGGGGAUGCAGAGGGGUCUUGUCGCUGGCAAGAAAUACUCGGUCGAGCCCCUCAAGAAGAUGGUUGGACCGUUGGCCCCAAAGAACGGGGGACACGCCACGAAAGCAGAAUUGCACGCUUCUUAUAUGGUGAUCGCCUUCCUGACUCUUCUGGUCGCCUUACUGGCUGCCACACAUCCGGCUUUCCAGUUUAUCCCGGCUCAGAAGCGCAUGCAGGAUAUCAUGCUGCAAGCCGUCACGUCGGUACCGGGUGGUUCACCUAGCUCUGUCGGGUUGCCCGACUAG